AAACAGAGAGAUUUGAGAGUUUAGAAAAAGAGAGACAAAAAAAGAGAGCUUUGAGAGAUUUCUAGCUGCUGGUUUUGGUGUUCUUCAUUUUUCUUAAGUUCCCCCUCUGAUUCUCCCCGCCUCUCUGAAUCCCUUUCUGUUAAUCAUCUGCCUUUCAGGUUCUGAUUUUCGGGGUUUGUUUUUCUGAAAAUUUUAUAAAGAAAUGAGUAAAAAGCAAACUUGAGAAGGAUUUCUCGAAAGCCAGGUGUUUUCAGAAUUGAGAUCCAGGUUUUUUUAAUUAGCUUUCGCAAGUUUUUCUCUUUAUUUUCUUGUAUUUUCAGCUGUUUUUUGUUUUUUCAUAGCUGAAUCAGCUUGAAGGGUUAUUUUUUGGUCCCUCAAGUUUGGUUGUUAGGCAUUGAAUCAAAAAGGGGUUGUCUAAUUCUAGACCUCUUUGAUCUUUCUUUCAAAAGAAACCUGUUCUUUAAUUUGGUUAAGUACAGGUUGUUUUUCCUGUUUAAUCUUGAUUUUAAAUAAUUUUAGUUGAGAAAUUUAGCUUUUGAAGGCAUGGCAGCUAUUAUGGAUUUCUAUAGUAGCAGACAUCCUCAGUCAGCUCCCUUCGGGGGUGAGCUAAUGGAAGCACUUGAGCCUUUUAUGAAAAGUGCUUCCUCAUCAACUACACCUUCUCCUUCUUCUUUGCCACCUCUUCCCUCUACUUCUUACAAUUACCUUCCCUUUUCUUACUCUCCUUCUGCCUCCCAAGAUCAGGCCUUUUUUCAUCCUGAUGGUUGCUCCACAUCGACUACCCUUCAAUUUUCAACAGGGUUCUCGAUCGAUGAUCCCACUGCUCUUCAGCAACCCGGUUCAAUAGGGCUCAAUCACCUUACCCCCACCCAGAUCCAUCAGAUCCAGACCCAAGUUCAACUCCAGAACCAAAAUGGCUUCCAUUUCCAGAGUUACUAUAAUCAGAACCACCAUACCCCCAGCUUUUUAGGUCCCAAACCCAUCCCCAUGAAGCAAGUGGGCUCACCGAAACCCACCAAACUCUACAGAGGAGUGAGGCAGCGACACUGGGGUAAAUGGGUGGCCGAGAUCAGACUCCCCAAGAACCGUACCCGACUCUGGCUUGGUACUUUUGAUACAGCCGAGGAGGCGGCCUUAGCUUAUGACAAGGCCGCUUACAAGCUCCGAGGUGACUUCGCAAGGCUCAACUUCCCCAACCUCCGGCACCAAGGUUCCCACAUCCAAGGCAAGUUCGGCGAGUACAAGCCUCUCCCUUCCUCAGUUGACGCGAAGCUCGAAGCUAUUUGUGAAAGCUUAGCGGAAUCGCAGAAACAAGGAGGAAAAGCUGAGAAGAAAUCGUCGACCAAGAAGAAAGCUCAGGUAGGGACCACUCCGGUGCUAGCAGCGGCUAAGGAAGACGAGUCACAGCAGGAAGAUGCUCUGGUCAAGUGUUGCAAGGUUGAGACACCAUCUCCCUUGUUAACGGAGAGCGAAGGUUCUGGUGGAUCUUCGCCUUUGUCAGAUCUCACUUUUCCGGAUUUCGAAGAGGCACCGUUGGAUGUUGAUUCUGGGAAUUUCAAUCUGGAGAAGUACCCAUCUUAUGAAAUUGACUGGGCUUCUCUCUUGUCCUAGAUUUGUGAUGUUUAUGUCUUAGCUUUUAUUUUGAUCAGCUGUUUUAGUUUUGUGUAAGGUUUUAGGUCAGGUAUUGUGGUUGCUGCAAUGAAGUUUUUGGCAGUUGCAGGGCCAGGGUCAGAGUCGUCAAUGUCUUUAGAAGUAUUAUUAGGGUAAAUAAUGUGGAUAUUGAUGUGAAUGUGGCACCAUGGUUAGCUGUCUUUUUCUUGCUUAGCCAUGGAGAAUUUGUACUAGUUGGUGUUCAUAUUAGAUAAAAUAUUGUAAUUGUAUC